AUGGCUAGAAUGAAUGACAUGGAGGAAAAGGGAAAUAUUGCAACUGUAUGCCUAAACGAUGACACAAAGGAAAAGAGCAAAAGUGAUUUUGAAAAGGUUGAGGAUGAGAAAGAGGAGAGUGCAAUAGUAGAUGAGAGUCAUUUGGAGGACAUGAAGGCCGAGUUGCUGGCGAGGAGCAGCAAGGAUGGCUGGAGUAGUGGUGGGGCCGGGGACCAGCAAGCAGCGAGGAGUCAGGGACCAGCAGGCAGUGGUGGGGCUGCAGGGAGGCUGGAGCAACGACGGGGCCGGGGACCAGUAGGCGACGGGGAGCCAGGGACCAGGGAGGAGGCCGACGGCAGGGGCCGAGAAGUGGUCGAUGAAGGUAGGCGGUGCCGCUGGGCCACCGAAGGUCGUAGAGAGGCCGACAGGGAGCCAGGCCGGUGGGGUCAGAGGGAGCUGCCAGCGGGGGCCGGGGAAAGCAGUCGGUGGGGGCUGGAAUGGUGCCGACGACGGUUGUACGGGGCUUGUAGCAUGGCAGGGGCCCCAUGGGAGUGGCACUCCGAUGGUGGGCUGGUGGCUCCCCGGUGGUUGGGCGGUGGUGUUCGAGCGAUAGUUUCCAGCGUUGACGGGCCGUGGUGGCUGGGCGGUGGCGCGGGAGCUGGGUCGGGCGACGACUUAGGUGACUGGAGUGGUGGUUUCCGGCGGUGGGCCGAGGCGGCGGGGAGUCGGGGACCAGCAGGCGGCGGUGGGGCUGCAGGGAGGCCAGAGCACGAUGGGGCCGGGGACCAACAGGUGGCGGGGAGCCGGGGACCAGGGAGGAGGUCGACGGUGGGGGCUAGGAAGCGGUCGGUGAAGGUGGGUGGAGCCGCUAGGGUGCUAGAGGUCGCAGAGAGGCCGACAAGGGGCUAG